ACAUGCCUUUCGGGCUAUAAUCAACCGUUUCUACAUUGCCUCAAUCAUUCAUUCAUUCGGUUCAUUCAUACACUCACUCAAGAAUCUACACUCUUUGCAUAAACAAACACUUCCCAAAAGCCAUCCUAGCAACCCUAUUUUCUUCGUAACGCGCAAUCCCUAAAAGAUGCACUUCUCAACCCCCUUCCUCGCCCUCCUCGCCCUUACCACCACCGCCCUCGCCGACCGCCCCGCCCGCCAAUACCGCCGCGACCCCUCGCCCGAGCGCUCCAACGCCCUCCUCCCCCGCAUCAACGUCGACCCCACCCUUCUCUGCGGCGACAACUACGUCGACUGCAACAACGGCUGGUGCUGCUCCGAAGGCGACACCUGCACGACGCUGCAAAGCGUGCCCGUGUGCAAGGAUCCGAGCCAGAGUCUCUUGGGAGGCACCGUACCAGCCUUCCCCUUCAAGUCUAUCGACCAAAUCAAGUCCUCGAUCGACGGCCUAGUGUCUAGCAUAUCAGCUGGCCUGGUUACAGCCUCUGGAGCAGCGCCGACAGGCACGGCGAAGACGACGGGCACAGCGACGGGGACCGCGGCUGCGGCUACCGCAACGGGUACUGGUGCCGCGGCGAGAUUAGGGGCGUGGGGCGCGGCGGGGGUGUUAGGGGCUGGGGUUAUGAUGGUUAUUUGAGCUUGAGAUUUGGCGGGGCGAGGUGGUGCGAGGUGGUGUAAAAAAGAGGUUGCGUGGCGGGUAGAUGAUGUAGGGGACUCAUACUUAUGAUUCUUUGCUUCGGUGGUAUUCGAAUUCCGCCGUCUCUCAUCCCUGCUUUCUUCUUGCUAGUCGAUGUCAAUAACGUCCUCAAUCAUAUUCCACAUCGUUGAUGAAUG